CUUGCCAUAGGAUGCAUGUAGCGGCCAUGUAGUGUGACGUAUGAAGGGGCGGGGAAGAAACUGUUCCGUUACGAAGUUCGCCACCUAUUUAAAAAAAAAAAAAAAGAUCAUAUGAGCACUUAAAACAUGAAGAUCAUCACAAUCAUCGGCAGUGGGCUGAUUGGGCGGUCGUGGGCAACCGUGUUCGCCAGUGGAGGCUACAGCGUGAAGCUCUACGACAACCAACCGGGACAGGCCGCCAACGCAAUGAUUGAGAUCAAGAAGCAGAUGAUGGAGCUGCAAGAAAUGGGAAUGCUGAGAGGCCAGCAAAGUGCAACGCAGCAGUUGGCCUUGAUAAGCAGUCACGAGGACCUACAGCAGGCUCUGCAGGGGGCGUUUUUUGUGCAGGACUGCAUCUUUGAGAAUUUGGAGGCAAAGCAGAACCUGUUCCGGGACGUGGAGCGCCUAGUGAGCGAAGAUGUGAUCCUGAGCAGCUCCACUUCCUAUCUGGUGCCCAGCGCUGUCUUCUUGUUGGUUCAAAACAGGAAACGCUGCCUUGUUUCACAUCCGGUCAACCCGCCCUACUACGUAAAACUUGUGGAGCUGGUACCUCACCCGGAGACACUGGUGGCUGUUAUGGAAAGCACCUACGCCCUGAUGACCGAGGUGGGUCAGGUGCCAGUCCGCCUGAAGAAAGAGAUUGACGGGUUCGCCCUCAACAGGGUGCAGGCUGCCAUCAUUGCCGAGUCUUGGAGGCUGGUCCAGGACGGGAUCAUCUCUGUCCAGGACAUUGAUUUAGUGAUGUCAGAGGGUCUGGGAAUGCGCUACGCCUUCAUCGGUCCCAUGGAAACCAUGCACCUCAAUGCACCCGAAGGUCUCGGAGACUACAUGAAGCGUUAUGGUGAAGGCAUCCAAAGGGUUCAGAGGUCCGUUGGAGCUGUCCCAGACUUCUUUUCUGAGGACGCCAAGAGCAUUGUUAGCGAGAUGUGCGACCUGGUCCCCAACAACGAGCGGCAUCUGUCGGCCCGGCGGGCACGGAGAGACCAGCUCCUCAUGCGUCUGGCCCACCUCAAGAAAGACCACUGAAGAAAUCGCAACUACCUCAUCAUGUCACUGGAGAUCAUUGCAAUAUAUAUAUAUAUAUAUAUAGAUGAUUUUUUUUUUUUUUUCCCCCCAAAGAAGCCUCCUACUUACACUACUCCAACAGACAACUGAACACAACUUUUGUCUACUAGCCACAGUCAGGAAUAGCUAUCAGUAUUAUGUGACACGCCUUUAAAUAAAUAUUGCCUGAUCAUUUCCUUGUGUGGUACGGUUCUUCCAACCACACGACAUGACCGCUGUCCUGCCUGGUCCACACCACUAAAGUCGACAAGCUGAGGUUUCCAUAGCAACAGCCCUAGUUCUUGAAAUUGCCGUAAUUUCCGGUUUACAGAGCGCACCUGAUUAUAAGCCUCACGCAGUACAUUUGUAAAGGAAAUACCAUUUGGUACAUACAUAAGCCGCACCAUUGAAACACAAGGUAUUUACAAAGAAAGACGGUACACAGAAAGAGUUUUCAAACUUUUAAUACCUUAGCUUACCAUAGUAACAACAUAGUAGCACGAGCACGGCUGGUGGAAAAACAACAAGAACAAAAAAAAAAAACAGCCACGGCAGCUACACGGUAGCACAGCACUAACAGGGACGGUUUAAAAAAAAAAAAAAAAAAACCUAAAUCACGGUAAUGCGG